AUGAAACUUAUUAUACAUGAAUAUCAGAAACAGUUAGAUUUUCCACCUGCACAAAAGGACGUCAAACCUGUCACGGUCAACCAAAUAUACUUCAGACACCAAAAGCUUGCAACAAGAGAAGUUAGAGAAGAUGACACUUAUUCUUCUGGCAUUGGCUUGGAAGACAACCUUUCAGAUGACAUUGAAGAAAUUCCAAGUCCAUCACUGCAACCUGCAUAUCAAAGUAUUGAAUGGUCCACUACAGUGAAUAACAUUUUCUUUGACAUUGAAGCAACAGGCUUAGCAAGAAACUCUCACAUAACACAGAUUUCUGCAACAUCUGACAAAGGUUCUAUCAACACAUAUGUACUUCCAAAGAAACCAAUAACACCUAAGGCACAGGAAAUAACAGGGAUCAAAGUUGAAGGUAGCAAGAUGUUUUGCCAUGACAAGGAAGUGAAAUCUGUUGGCAUCAAAGAGGCUUUAAAGAUGUUAAUAUUAUUUUUAGCACAAUACAAGAAAAAUGUAAUUAUAGGUCAUAACAUCAAGUCAUAUGACAUACCAGUGCUGUUUUGUGCUUUAAAUAACUGUUCAAUUAUGAAUGAAUUUUCAUGUUCCAUUCUUGGAUUUUUAGACACACUACAACUUUUUAAAUCUUUGUUACCUGGAUUAACCUCAUAUGCACAAUCAAAUUUGUACAAUACAGUAUUAAAUGAAACAUAUGACGGUCAUGAUUCAAUGGAGGACGUUGUUGCUUUGAGUCGUCUUUUCCAUCACUUGGCUCCAUCAACAGAAGCAAAACAAUUGUCAUCUUUUUCCUUUGAUUCAUCUGCAAGGAGAUAUGACCACAACCAGAAAACAAAACUACUUCUCCCUAAUUUGACACCUCUUACAGAGAAGAAAGUAAUUACACUAAGAACUGCAAAUGUAAUAGCAGCAAGUGGCAUGUCUUUUUCUCACCUACGUAUUUCAUAUGCAAGAGAUGGCCGCCAAGGAAUAGAAGAUGUUCUGAAAGAGGAGGAUGUAAAUGGAAAAGUGCGUGUUACCAAAUCAAAGAAGAUAGUUGAUGCCAUAUCAUACUUUUUCAAAAGUUUAAAACCAGAUGAGUGA